AUGGCAGCGAUGAGAGGGGCGCUCCUGCUGCUGCUCUGCGUCUCCCACGCGUCUGCCAGUUGCGGCAUCCAGAAAAGCAACAUUGCGGUCACUUCCGAGGAGGGUUUGGUGGAAGAGAAGGAGUUCCCGUGGGUGGUGUCGCUGCAGGAUUCCCAGUACACCCACCUGACUUUCGGCACCAUCCUCAGUGACUUCUGGAUCCUCAGCAUCGCGUCCACCUUUCAGAACAGGCCAGAUGCUGUGGCUAUAAUUGGUAUAGCUAAGAUGGAUGCAAAACUGGUUGCUCAUGAAGAGUAUCCUAUCAACACCAUCAUCAUCCAUGAGGACUUCGACAAUAAGACGAUGAGAAAUAACAUAGCCCUCCUGAAGACAGACACAGCGAUGCAGUUCAACAGCCUGGUCCAGCCCAUCUGCUUCCUCGGCCAAAAGCUGAACAGGCCGCCACUCCUGCUGAACUGCUGGGUGGCAGGAUGGAACCCCACAUCUGCAACAGGAAAUCACAUGACAAUGAGUAUCCUGAGGAAAAUCUCCGUGAAAGACAUUGACUCGUGUCCCUUAGACAGAGUACAGAAAACAGGAUGUGGCAACCACCUAGAGAUGGAGACCAACGCUGUCUGCUUGGGGGACCCGGGAAACCCGAUGAUGUGCCAGCUGAAGGAAAUGAGUCUGUGGGUGCUGAGAGGAAUCCUGUCCCAAGGAGGGGAGAAAUGCCCGGGCCUGUUUCUCUACAUCAGGGUGGAAGACUACAGCGACUGGAUCACGUCCAAAACCAGGAGGACCAGCUCCCCCCUGUCUUCCUUCCAUCACUGGGAGAACCCCAGUCCUUUACCCAGCUACUCAUCACGUGAUCUCGUCACACACAGAAAACAGGCUGGGCUGAGCCAGCUUGCGUGGCCCCGACUAUCCUUCCAAGGACAAGAAAGGUCCACCCUGCAUUCCACGCGUUCACUGCCAGACAAUGGCACUCAAAUGAGUCUAGACCUCCGGGAAAAGGGGCGGAGGGAGCCAGGCAGGUCUGAGAUGGCCAUCCAGCCCACGUACUAUGACUACUACGGUGGGGAGUUCAUGGCGCCUGCGCCCCCUUCAGGCCAGACCAGGUUACAUCAGCCCCAAGAAAUAACCUUAUUUUUCCUUUGCGCUAGUUUUCUUUGGUAA